GUCUGUCUAAGUGAAUCACAUGCUUGCAUGCUCGUGACCCUCUCAAGAAUAUUGCGGUACGUCAAAACUGACAAUUAGCAUGUGAAAAGUCCAGUAGUGAAAACGAAAAGAUAAUUAUCCCUGCUGGAGCCUUUACACGGCGAGAAAUUUUACAGUCGCUUUACUAAAUUGUGUUAUUGGACUUCCCUCGGGCAUAAUUGAAGUGUAAUUAAUCACUGAGUCUCGUGACAGAUAUACUAUUUGAUAUUUUGCGACAAGCGAGGCGAUAUAUCACGCUGUCAGCACCUGGAUUCCUCAGACGAGAUUUGGUGAUGAAGCGGGAGUACAGCGUCGUUCAGGUGGAUGACGACUCUGGUUUUCAAGAUGACUCGAGCAUCGCUUUCAGCGACGAAAGCUAUUACUCAGGACAGAUGUCCACCGCUAACAAAACUAAAGCUUGGAACUGCUUCACGUCGAAAAAACAGGGAAUAAAACUGAAGGAGCAACACGAAACUAAUGGCAUUUCUGACCGCCCACGGAAAGGAAACUUCCUUCAGCGAGCGACCAAAAAGAUAUUUGGAAAGACCAAACGAAUAUUUGGUAGGAAGCCAGAAGAAGGAAAAAAAGGUACCUUCUCUAAGCCUGAGGUAAAACUGAAAGAAAAUUAUACAGAACCAGUGAAUAUUAUAUUACCAGCAGAAAGCUACACCAGUGUCAACGAGGAGCCAGUGUAUGAUGACAAAGUAAAUUUCACUCGGGCAGGUCAGAUGAGAUGCUCAAUUCGGGAAUCCCGUGGCCUUGACCCGCGGGAAGCUCUGCGGGUUCGUGAAAGACAGACCAUGCUCCGGGUCUUGUUUGAUUUCCAAGCUUGUGACGAUGAUGAUAUUUCCGUCAUGAGAGGGGAACUCGUCAGGGUACUUAGCAAAGAUGACAAUGACUGGUGGUGGGUCGAGAAUGUACAUCGGGAACAAGGAUUUGUUCCACGAAAUUUCCUGUGGCCUUGUGGCUGUUACGUGUGUCAAAAGUUUAUAUUGGAGAAGGUUUCUAAUGCAGGCCCAGUCUUCCACGACCAGCACAUAGAACAAGAAAGAAACCAAUCAACUCGAGGAUAUCUUGAGGAAGAGUUCCCCAGCUUUGAUGAGCGAACAAGGCUCGUGGGGAAUAGAAGAUGUACAAGCACGUGGUGCUAAUGGACCAGACAUUUCUACAUAUACAUUUAAAAAGAAAUAAUAGUGUGAAGUGACGCCGUGGAAAUUUGAAAUCUAUUUUUAUCAAGUUAUUUUUAAAUGUGGGACUUUUUAUACUACUUUAUGCUAAAUAGGGCCGUAGACGGUUUAAAUAAUAAAGAAUAAAUACUUUCAUCCCAUGAAGUGACAACAUACAGGGUUAAGACAAAAAAUAGUCUUUAUUUAGGGAACCUUCAUUUGAGCGUUUAAAAUAAGAUACAUUAGUGACUGUGGAAAUGGACACCUCCAGCGGAAAAUGUAUUGAAAUUUAGUCACUUUGUUAAAUUUUGUUUUUGUUAUUGUUAUUUUUUUUAAAGUCCUGUUCUUGAUCUUUGUACUUCAUGUAAGAGAACCAUAAUGUAUCAGUGUAGAGUAGGAACUGACGACGGAAUGUUAUGCUGUUCUGAGUUUUGUACAUUAAUAAAUAAACAAGUGUUGGGAUUAGUGCA